UGUGAAGAAAAUGUGGAUAAUCUAUGUGAAACACUUAUGAAUAUAGCAAUUUCUGUUAUCUUUUACCUCAUAAAAUGAUCAAAAUUAAUUAUUUACAACUGGUAUCAAUAAUUAUUUAUAUGUUUAUCUAGGCUUUUUGUUAUCGAGAAUCAAAGCAGAACAAUGUGAUAUUAAUUCAUGACAAGCCCACAUAUUGUAUGCAGAGUUAGAGCCAUAGCAUAACCCAAACUUUAGUAAACGCUUUCAAAAUUAAGUCGCACACUUUGUCUCGUUUCAAAAGUAUGCCUGUUUUGUUCUUUUCAUUUUUUGAUUUGCAAAUGUUGUAUGGUAGGUGAUGUUUAACGUAAUUGUUACUAUUGCUGUAAAUACCACUUUGUUUGUGUAAUAUGUCUGCUGUACUUUGUCUAUAUUUGUUUAUUUCAGCCAAUUAUGUUCCAUCGACCCUUGCAUUUUCAGUUUCUACAUAUGGUGAAGGAUGAUGUACUUACUGUUUAACAAGUCAAAGAAGAAAGAAACGCUUUCGAGUAUAGGUGAUGGAGAAACAUCAUCAAAGAAUGAAGAAACUGCAUGUCUCUCAAAUACCCAAAAGUCUAAACACGUUGAGAAACAAACAUCGCCAAACCCAUCUCCAGCUGAGAAGAGAGAGAUAGCUGAAAAAACAAUGGGGUCAUCUCCUUCGAGGAGAUCUGAUAGAGGCAAAAAGUCAGAUGAGGUUCCUGCUUCUCCGGACAUUAGUUCAAAGGAGGAGAAACCUACAGUUAUAGAUAUGAGUGGAGAUGAUGUUCAUGAAGGUAACAUGAAGGAAAGGAAGGAUGCCGAGAAAGGUGAUAGGAAAAGGAAAAGAAGUACGGCUCGUGAUUACAAGGACUUAUUUAAACCUCAAAAAAUGAGGAUUCCUCUAGAUAAUGACAAGGAUCUCAGAGCACAAGAUAAGUCGGUUCAAGCAAAUAUUAGCGGAAAUGGAGGUGAGGAUAAGGAGCUGAAAGAGUCUCCCAAUGAAGCUCAAGCGGAAUUGUUGGGCGAAACGCUGAUGGGUUCAGACCAAGGUGAACAUGUCCCUCAUCCUUGUCGAACAAAACUGCUAGAUGGUAAGUCUGCAGAAAGUGGUUAUUUGGAAAAACAAAUUGGUGGGGAUUGCUCUCCAUCUAAGCGGAAUAUCGAUCAUUAUGCCUGCAGUCCCUGCACAGAUAAUGGUAACAACAUUUCCCACACAUCAUUCUCAAGGAUUAACCAUGAUUUGGAGAAUCAGCAGGAACCCGACCUUUCUGAGAAGGUUAUAGGAACAUGCAAAGCAGCAGGUGUCACGGUGAAUGCAGGGAACAAUGAUGCUGCUGCCAACCUGCAGAGUUCUGGAAAUAUAUUGAACUCUUCCAAGUUUCUUGAAUUCUGGGUUCCUGUCCCGAUGUCCAAUGUGCAGGUUGAGCAGUAUUGUGCUACCCUACUUUCUAAUGCAAUGCACCUUUGUUCAUCCUCAAGAAAUUAUACUGUUGAGGGGGCUCUCCAUGUCAUUCUUAUGUCCAACCGCAAAUGCUGUAAUCAUCCCUAUCUCGUGGAUCUUAAUCUUCAAAGUAAAUUAAUGGAGGGUCGUGAAAAUAAUAUGUUACUGGAUGUUGGCAUUAAAGCAAGUGGCAAGUUACAUUUUCUUGACCUCAUACUGGCAGAGGUUAAACAACGCAAACUAAGAGUGCUUAUUCUUUUUCAGCCUACCGUUGUUACCGCAAAAGAGUCUCCUACAUCUGGAGUGAUAUUGACCGAUUACACUCAUCAACGGUUUGGUCAAGACUCAUAUGAGUGCGUGGUGUCUGGCAUUACCCCAUCAAAAAGGCAAACUGCUGUGAACAGUUUCAACAAUGAUAUGAGUAGAUUUAUUUUCUUUCUAGAGCAUCGUUCAUGUCAUUCAAGCAUCAAAUUGGAAUCAGUAGACAUUAUCAUCAUGCUUGACAGCGACUUGAAUCCGGCAAAUGAUCUAAGAGCCUUGCAGAAGUUAUCAAUUGAUUCUCAGUCGGAGCAGAUCAUGAUUUUCCGUUUAUAUUCCUUAUCUACAUUGGAAGAGAAAAUUCUAAAACUUGCUGAGAGUAACGUGCCUUUUGAUAGUAGGUCGCAGAAUAUAAGGAAUAGAUAUGAUGCCUUGCUCAUGUGGGGAGCCUCUAACUUAUUUGAUAAACUGGCCAAGUUUCAUAAUCAAUCUGUUCUUAGCAUCUCAUCUGAAGAAAAUUUUAUGAAGGAUGUGGUGGAGGAGUUUUUGUACGUGGUUUCUCACAAAUAUGAAAACAAGGAUACAUCCAAAUCGAUCAUUACGAGAGUUCAGAACUGUGGAAUUUAUGGUAAAAAUAUCCCUUUGCAUGGUGAGAUUAGUACUCAUUUGCCUGAUGGAAACCAACCACAUGUAUUUUGGAAGAAGUUGUUGGAAGGUCGGUCUCCGAUUUGGAAGUUUGUAUCUAUCUUGACCCCCCGGCAAAGGAAACGACGCCGCUACUUUGAGGGUUCGUCCAAGAGAACACGUACUGUAGAUGGUGGUGGUAUAAAGACACGUAAGAAGACUGUCAAUAGUACUGCUGAACCGUCUCAAUCAAAAUGUGUAAUUGAAGGGGAAACCGGAAGUGUAAAUGAAGGGGGUUCCAGGGUUCCUGCACAUAACAAGCCUCGGUCAUUAUCCCGUGAUCCAUCUCAGUCCGCUGGUUUCAGUAAUGAGAAAAGUCUUCAUGACUUCUUAAAACCUACUGUUUCUGAGCUCUGCAACGUCCUCAAGUUUUCUGAGGAUGUGGAGAUCAUAGUGAGAAAUUUUCUGGAAUUUGUCCUUGAAAAUUAUAUUAUGAGCAGUGAAGCCCAAAGUACAUUACAAGCUUUCAUGAUAUCAGUGUGUUGGAUCGGUUCUUCAAUUUUGAAAAACAAAAUUGAUAGGAGCGAAUCCUUUAAUAUCGCAAAAAAACACUUGAAUGCCAGCUGCAUGCUAGAUGAAGCAAACAUGGUGUAUGAGAAGCUGAAGUCAGCAGAGAAGACAUUCUUAGAACACACGGACAUAGAUGAUCUCAUAAGAGCAGUUGUUCCUGCAACUCAAGGGGUGAAUUUAAACGCUGAAAAAUAUCAACGUAUCCAAACAAAUAAAGAAGAGCCAAACAAAUGUAAAGAGCAAACCAAAGAUUUUUUUGGGAAGGAGCAAGAUGAGAUUGGCAACUUUAAUAGAGAGUGGGACGAGAAGAGGGUAAAGUUAGAAAACGAUUACAAUAUGGAUAGAAAUCAUAUCCGUACUCUGUAUAGUGAUCUCCGUCUAAGAUCAGAAAAACUGACUAUAUUAAAAAGGGAAUUUGCUGAUAUGAUGGAAGAACAUGAAAGAUUGAGGGAGAUUCACCUGAAAGAUCUAGAGGCAAAAUUACUGGCAGCCAAAGCACAUGUGGCAGUUAACACUGAAGUUCCUUUGCGUGGGUCCGGACAUGAUAGCCCUGAGGCGAGCCCUGCCCCUAUUGAAGCACUAAGUCUCGAUGAACCCAUGUCUGACUUUGACGCGAGUGCUCCAAAUGUGCUGGUUGCAAACAACAUUGAGCUGUCAAUCUCUCAUAUCUCUGCAGAACAGACAAAUGAUACACUGGUAUCGAAUGAGCCAAUUGGAGAAGUUUCGACACAAGGUCAUGGUCUCAGGGUGAAUGAAGUAGCAGAGGCCGGGGCUGAUGCAACUGUAUUGAGUGAAUCAGAUGGAGAGAUACUGGCACAAUUGCAUGAUGACAUACAGAGUGAUGUAGCAGGGACAGUUGAAUGUGUUGAAAUGGAAGUGCUGAAAGAUGAUUCCAAGCAAGAGAAUGCUAACGAUGCCACUGACUGUCCUGAGGGGUCACAUGCUGUUAAAGAUGGUAAUGAGACUGUUCCAAAUGAUGUGGUGCCGCAUACUGGAAAUUGCAAUAAAGAGAAUGACAAAGAUGCUUCACAUGUUAUUGAAAGCGUUAUUGAGCUUGGUCCAAAUGAUGUGGCGGCAUAUAGCAACCCUAUUGAAAUGGGAAAUACAAUUGGCAUUUGCAACGAAGAGAAUGCAGACUAUGGUACCAUUAGCGCUGAUAAAUCACAUGCUGGUGGAGACCACCGUGGUUCAUGUGGCCCUAAUAGUAGUAAUCCACUACCUGCAGAUGUAUCACAGGAAAAAGUACUUUUGGUUCAGCCAAUUGCUUCUCCUGCUCCCCAUCAUUUAGUGUCAACAAUUCCGGAAAUUGAAAACGAGUCUUUUGAUCUUUUACAGCUUCCACCCAGUGAAGUUGCUGAUAAUGAAGGUCAAGCCAAUCCUAGUUCAUUGGCUGUAAUCAAUAAUGAAUCAUCUGUGAUCGCUGAGAACCAAUCGGACAUGCCUUCAUCAUUUUGGGAUCCUGAGGCACUUGCACCACCCGGUUCUUUAGGAAUCCAGAAUCAAAAUGCUUCAGGGCCCGAACUGAAUAUGCUCGAUAACCUUAACCAUGUGGGCCCACGAAUGUUAAGUGUUAAUAACCCUCUUCAAGCCGAAGCAGAGCAACUGAAUGCAAUGAAGGAUAAUGUUAUCAGAUCCCUUGAAGAAACUCAACAAAAUCUAAAAUCUGAUUGUGAGAAGGAGAUAGCAGAAACUAUUGCUAAUAUAAAACAAAAGUAUGAGGUUAAGAGUCAAGAUGCAGUGUCUGCUUCGGUUUUAAAGAAGAACGAAAUUGAUUCACAUCUCAACCGAGUUCUCAUGAAUAAAGUAUUAGCAGAUGCUUUCAGAUCUAAGUGUCAAGAUCAUACUGCUUUUGGUCAUUCAGGAACACAACAGGUCUCUCCAGAUGCAUUUAUGGAGCAACUGCAUAGGCUUUCUGGUUCAUCUAUUAUGAGGCAUCCUCUUGGCACAGCUUCAACUUCACCUGGCCAAUUUUUCAGAAGCCAACAGACACCACAACCAUCAUCACUGCAACCGCCGCCUCCAUCUUCACCCCCUCCAUUACCGCCACCUCCACCUUUGCAUCCACCAACACCAACGCCGCCGCCGCCAUCACCACCACCGCUACCACCACCAACCUUAAGGAUGCCACAGCCACCUCUUCAAAUAGUUGACCAGCCGUCAGCUCUUUUCUCAACCCCACCAAGCAGACCAUCACCACCUCCUACCGCCAACCUCCAAACCGCCUCCACUACACCAAUCAGACCACCACCUAAUACCAAUCCUAUAAUCCUUGACAGCGUGUCAACUAUACUCUUCCCCUCUAUCGCACCUACCCAACGACCCAUCAUCGCCAGGGUUAAUUCCUCGACCACACCUGUCACUAGCAGACCACCACCUGACAUCAGCCAAAUUACCCCCAGAAACAAUCUUCGACCAACGUCUGGCCACAGUCCAGUUACCCCUUCAAGCAUCGCAAACAGAUCACCCACUAUAAACCCUUCCGUAUCUACUUCAAAUCUAAGAUUAAACACCGAAAUCCGGGUUCAAGCCCCACUUAUGCGUCCUGUAACUAACGGAAUAGUUCGUUCUCCAGCCCCACAUCUGCGACCUAUGGCAAGAAAUGAAUUCCGUUUUCCGGCCCCACAUCUGCGACCCCUAUCCAGCAAUGAAAUCCGAGCCCCACCCACACAUAUUAGACCAUUUAGAGAUACAUCAUCUCUACUUCCUGAUCUAGCAAGUAAUCCGAGGAUGGUGCCAGGUCAUGUAACAAGUAGCCACCUACCAACCUCAAACCCUGUAUCCCCAGUGUUACCUCCACUUCCAACAUUCUCGCCAGAACUGCUGCCACCACUACCUUCUGAACCUUACUUUAUACCAGCUCCGCCGCCGCCUCCCAGCAGCUUGCCUACCAUCUUGUCACCGCUUCCAUCUCUACCCACAAGUGGAGAACCUGCAUUGACAACUAAUGUGCAUAUGGACGAUGCUGCUCGUCCGGUUAACAUACGAGCAGGUAGUACACAAUUUUCUGGCUAUGAUCUUGUUUGUUUGUCAGAUGAUGACUAACUAAUCAAGAUUAGUUUUUGUUAAUAUGUUAGCUAUAUAUAUUGUAAAGAAUGUGAAUGCAAUCUUACAUAGGCUGUGGCCAAUUCUAGAAGGGCAAAAUGUUGUAUUUAAGGAGCUGGACUCUUGCCAUCUCCUUUUUUUUGUAGAAAUGCAAACAUGUAGCCAUCUUUAUAUCUUUUUAGUUGUUGCAGUAAUUACCAUCCUGUUCAGUCUUAUUCUCUUGGUUGCUGCAACUCAUGCUUCCACCAUCUAUGGGGGACUAUCUCAUUCUAACUACAACUGACAUUUUUGUUCACCAGGUUUUGUGGUUUGAAUACGACAUUUACUUUUCUUCA